AUGGAGGUCGUAAGUGUUCUCCAGUACCUUGACAACAAAUCCAUACUGGUCAUUGGAGCUGCUGGGUUCUUAGCAAAUAUUUUUGUGGAGAAGAUAUUAAGGGUGGCACCAAACGUGAAGAAACUGUAUCUUCUUCUGAGGGCAUCAAAAGAAAAAUCGGCUACCCAAAGGUUUAACGACGAGGUUUUGGGGAAGGAUUUGUACAGGGUGGUGAAGGAGAAGUAUGGUUCAAAUCUAAAUCAACUUACAUCGGAGAAAAUCACUGUUGUCAAUGGGGACAUUUGCCUUGAAGAUUUGGGUCUUCAAGACUCCGACUUGGCACAUGAGAUGAUCGACCAAGUUGAUGCCAUUAUAAAUCUAGCUGCAACUACUAAGUUUGACGAGAGAUACGAUAUAGCAUUUGGGAUCAACACAUUGGGUGCUCUCAAUGUCUUGAACUUUGCCAAGAGAUGUGGAAAGGUUAAGAUCUGUGUUCAUGUAUCAACAGCUUACGUGUGCGGGGAAAAAUCUGGCUUGAUAAUGGAGACACCAUAUCGUAUGGGUGAGACGUUGAAUGGAACAACCGGCCUAGACAUCAACCAUGAGAAGAAAUUGCUUGAGGAGAAACUUGACCAGCUCCGAGCCACCGGAGCCUCUCCUGAAACCAUCACACAAGCCAUGAGGGAUCUCGGACUCACCAGGGCAAAGAUGUACGGAUGGCCAAACACAUAUGUGUUCACGAAGGCAAUGGGGGAGAUGAUGGUAGGGGCAAAAAGGGAAAAUAUAUCACUUGUGUUGCUUCGUCCUUCAAUAAUCACAAGCACAUUCAAAGAACCAUUCCCUGGUUGGACCGAGGGCAUCAGGACCAUUGAUAGUUUAGCUGUUGGAUACGGCAAAGGCAAACUCACAUGCUUCCUUGCUGAUCUUAAUGCUGUUUCCGAUGUGGUGCCCGCAGAUAUGGUAGUAAACUCGUUACUAGUAUCCAUUGCUGCUCAAGCCGGUAAACAGAAGGAGAUUAUUUACCACGUCGGUUCUUCACAUAGAAACCCCUUGAAAAAUGAAAUAUUUCCUCGAGUAGCGUACCGGUAUUUCUCAACCAAACCAUGGAUCAACAAAGAGGGAAACCCGGUUCACGUCCGGAACAUUGAGGUCCUGAAUUCUAUGGCUAGUUUCCACAGAUACAUGACCAUACAUUACUUGCUUUCAUUGAAGGGGCUUGAAUUAGCAAAUGUGGUACUUUGCAAGUUGCUGGACAAGAAAUUUAGGGAUGCCAAUAGAAAGAUAAAUUUUGUAUUCCGGCUUGUUGAUCUCUAUCGGCCAUACCUCUUUUUCACUGGAAUAUUCGAUGAUACAAACACGGAAAAACUGCAAAGAAUGUUGCCGAAGACGGGAGCCGAGACCGAGAUGUUCUAUUUCGAUCCAAAAGUUAUCAAUUGGGACGACUAUUUUGUCAACAUACAUAUUCCUGGACUGGUUAAGUACGUUUUCAAAUGA